CAAACCUUCCUCAUGGAUGCAGGACCAGACAGAUCUGAUCUGACCAGGAGCUAUGAGGGCACAUCGCUGUCAGACCUUGACAAAGGCUUUUAUACAGAUCAGAGCAUAUCGCUCUCUGUGGUUUCAUCUGAUGGUCUCCUAAAACCAAGUAAAGGUGUUGUGCUAGAGUAUUUAGAUCCUAACCCUACAGUUUUACCACGACUGAACUACUGCAUGAAUAUUUUGUCACCUCUGGUUGCUGUCAGCAAAAACAUUCUCUCCCCGGGCAACACCCUAAAUACAGAGCUAAGCAGUCCGGUGGAAGGCAAGUCCUCCACACCAUAUGAGAGGGUGAAAUUUCAAAAGCCCAUGUUGGCAGACUCGCUGGACCUGUCGUGUGUUGACCUGACCACCACACACCCCUCAUGGGAGGUGUCCUUUGUGAAGCCCAUCACGGAGAGUCCAAAGUCAUGCUUGGAGUCCUCAUGGAGUCCCAUUAACCCGUCGGCACCCCCUGAGGUGUCACUGAUAUGGUCAGGAACAUCGCCUCGUCCACACGUUUCAGAGGAGCUUCAGCGCUCUUGGAAAGAAAUGGUGAGGUCGAGUCAAGUUCCUACGACCUCUGAGCUCAGAGAUGAACAGCAGAGUUAUUCAAACUUGGCAAUUUGAUAUUUUAGGUAUCAUGACGUUUUCGAGAACGGUACCAUCACAUAUAUAAAUGUAUACUAUAAAUGUAUAUAUACUGCAUGUAAAUGGGUUGAAAAAUAAAGUGAAG